CUAUGCGUUAGCAUAGCAUAGCUCAUGGCUUGGUCAAUCAAGUGAAUUUUAUUGACUUUAUUGAUAAAAUUUCAAACUCCUGUGGUCUGUGAUAAUCCCGUUGUCAAAAAUAUUUGGACCGGGUGAGCUAAAACAAAAAAUUAUGUUAAUUUGAAACAGCCGAAGAACGAUUUAACAAAAAUCCAAGAUGACGGCCUCCGAAGAAGCUAUGGAAAAUGAGCAGGAGAAAGGGCAUGUUUUAGAAGAAUUUAAGGAAAUUCAAGAAGUGAAGAGCCUGAUCGGAUCAUUAGAAAAUAGUUACAAUGAUCAAAUUGCCAGAGAGACGUCCUGCGAAAGAUUCACGUUUAUUGUUGAUAAAUAUCAAGAACAGCCACACCUCAUUGAUCCUCACCUAGAAUCUUUAAUGAUGCAGAUAGUGGACACUGUAAGAAACCCAAGAUAUCCACCUGCAUUGAAACAGGAGGCCUUUAAAUACCUGUAUCUCAUCACAAAGAUGAGAGGCUUUAAAAUUGUCAUUCGAUAUUUUCCUCACGAAGUGGCAGAUGUGGAACCAGUUUUGUCAGAAAUGAAACAACAGAAUCCUCAAGAUUUUCAGACCUGGGAGAGUCGGUAUAUGUUGUUGCUGUGGAUUUCGGUUGUGUGUAUGAUUCCAUUUGACAUGGUCCGAUUGGAUAGUAAUGUUGCCUCUGAGGACGGGGAGAAAAAACAGCCUGUGAUGGACAGAAUCCUGAACACUGCCAGGGUUUAUCUGACAGUCAAUGACAAAUGUCGAGAUGCUGCUGCCUUUCUCGCUGCAAAGUUCUGUACUCGGCCGGAUGUUCGACGAGAUAAAUUACCAGAGUUCCUGGACUGGUCCUUGCAAGUUCUUCACAAUGCAAACAUGGACACGAUUGUUGGGAACAGCCAGGUUGGGGGUGUGUUAACAAUGCUAGGUUUACUUUUUAAACUCGGAAAAAGAGAAGAUCUGCUGCAGUUUGCUGAACCUGUGCUCCGAGUUGUGGAGAAGUUGGAAUUGCAUAAGAGCAAGAACACGCUUCUGCGGAAGGCUUCAAUCAAAGUCACCCAAAGACUUGGAUUGAUAUUUCUCAAGGCCAGAGUCGCCACGUGGAGAUACCAGCGUGGAAAUCGUUCAUUGUUGGACAAUCUUCAGAAGGAGGGGGUCGUCCAACAGAUGAAUCAGAAACAGGAUGUGGAAGAAGAGGAAGGAUAUGAUAUUGCAGAGGAGCUGGAAGAUGUCAUAGAGUAUUUGCUUAGUGGACUCAAAGACAAAGACACAAUUGUAAGAUGGUCAGCUGCAAAGGGAAUAGGCAGAGUAACUUGUCGUCUGCCUCAAGAGCUGGCUGACGAAGUUGUGGAAUCUGUGCUUCAGUUGUUUACUCUACAGGAAACAGAGGGGGCAUGGCAUGGAGGUUGUUUGACUCUAGCUGAGCUGGGUAGAAGAGGACUGUUACUGCCUCAGAGACUCCCUGACGUGGUUCCUGUUGUGUUGAGGUCGCUGGAGUACGACGAGAGAAGAGGGGACUUCUCUGUAGGAGCUAAUGUGCGAGACGCAGCAUGUUAUGUCUGCUGGGCAUUUGCCCGGGCCUAUGAGCCUGGAGAUGUUGCCAAAUAUGUGAAGGAGAUUGCCAAUGCUUUGGUGAAAGUGUCAAUAUUUGAUCGCGAGGUCAACGUCAGGCGAGCAGCUGCUGCAGCCUUCCAAGAGAACGUAGGACGACAGGGUAUUUUCCCUCAUGGAAUUGAGAUCUUGACACAUGCUGACUACUUUGCGGUGGGGAACCGGAGCCACUGUUACCUGGAUUUGAGUGUGUACAUUGCCCAGUUUCCCGAGUACACCAUUGCCCUUAUAAACCAUUUGAUGGAGAUCAAGGUCGUGCACUGGGACUGUGCUGUGAGAGAGUUAUCUGCCCGUGGUCUACACAAUCUGACUCCAAAAGCUCCCAAAUACAUGGCAAACUGUGUGCUACCAAAGCUGAUCGCCCUGACAACGGGGAUGGAUCUGUUCGCUAGGCAUGGUUCUAUUCUGACUGUAGCAGAGAUCACACAUGCCCUUGCUAAAGUAGCAGAGGACCAAAACAAGUCAAUUACAGAUGUGUUAAGUAAAGAAGUAAUAGAUGGAAUGAAAAACAUAGUUAAAAAGUUGAAGGAAAAGGGCGUGUUCCGUGGGUGGGGAGGAGAUCUGAUGAGAAGGGCGGUAACCUGUCUGAUAGAAAAGCUGUCGCUAGCCAAACUACCCUACCACGCAGACUCCAUACUGGAUUUAUGGCAGGAGUUGAUCAUUGGAUGCUUACAACACACAGAGCGUGACAUUCAGGUGGCUGCAGCCCAGGCGAUUCCAGUAUUCUACAAGGAGUAUUACAUGGACAGUAAUGGUGGACCAAUGAUAGACAAGCAAGAAUUGGUUCUACAAAAAUACACAUCAGAACUCAAAAGUCAGUUGGAGUUUUCCAGAAUGGGAUUUUCUUUGGCACUGGGGGCCUUACCAAAGUUCUUUGUCCAGGGGAAGUUAGAUAUGGUUUUGACGUGUUUGAUAGAGGCCACUGCCAUUACGGAGAAAGAGAAGAAGUGGGUGGAGGCCCGACGAGAUGCCGUGACAGCCAUUACUGAUUUGUGUAAGACGGUGGGAGUUGGAGACUCUCCUAGUCGUAGUAUGUGUGCUGAAAACGUUCCUCGUGUCUACGACUCGCUGCUGGUAGCCAUGACAGAUUACACACUGGACAGCCGUGGAGAUGUUGGAGCAUGGGUUCGAGAAGCCAGCAUGACAGGGCUAAUGGAAAUUAGUUCAUUAUUGGUCAACAACAAACCAGAACUCUUUACCAGUGAAAUAUGUAAGCGUGCCAUUCAGUGUUUAGUGCAGCAGUGUUGUGAGAAAAUUGAUAGAACCAGGUCACAUGCAGGGCAGAUUUUAUCAAAAUUUCUUUAUCAUGAUCCAGAAAUUCCCCAUAUACCACACAGGCAGGAACUACUCAAUAUAUUUCCACGGUCUGAAUUAGAAGAAAUAAACUGGGCCGCUCCGUCUGAUACUUUCUCUAGAUUCACUAAGUUACUAGGACUGGACACUUACAUCUAUAAUGUACUGCUGGGAUUUACCGUCAGUGUGGGAGGACUGACUGAAUCACUGGUGAUCCACUCCAGUGCUUCCCUACAGGUUUACCUGAGAUCUAUAAGUAAAGACCUACAGAAAAUGUCACAUUUUGGAGAAGUGUUAUUACAAAUAUUCAAAGAUUUUCAGAAAGUAGAUAGAGUAUCUUAUCCUAUGCUAAAGAUGUUGGACCAGUUACUGUCCAAAGGUUGUUUUGAUGUGUUCAUGAGAGUUGAACAUCACCAGUUCCCGUUGUCCGUGAUAGAAUUAGUUCGUACAGAAGUUUCUCGCUGCGGAGACCCCCAAAAACUGAUGGCCAGCGUGGAAGUUUACUGUGAUCUGCUCCAGUUCGAAGGCGAGCCCAGGAAAAAGUCACUUCAGCAGUUAACCAUACAACUGUGUCACAGAUAUCCCAGGGUGCGGAAGGCCACUGCUAAUAAGUUGUACGAGGCCCUGGUGACGUAUGAUGAAAUCGUCCCUGAGGAGAGUUUAGAUGAGAUCACCACCAUCCUCAGUGAAUUCACAUGGGAUGAAGAAGUUGAAAUAGAUAAAAUUCGACAAAUCAGAAACAAUUUGUGUGACUUAAUGAAAAUUCCUCGCCCAUUGCUGAAAAAGGUGGGGACUCAAAAAUGAACAUCAGACAAAUUCCGAGAUAUCUGAUCGAGAUAUUUGAUCUUCCCGGACGUAGGAGACUAGAUGUGAAAUCGGCCUGACGAGGACUACGGAUACCCAACGCCUUCGUCAUCCUUCGCUAAUGAACGCUAACGACUCUUAUUCGUUUUACUGUUUCUGUCUGUCGCUUAAAUUGCGUAAUUAAGAUUAAUGCUGGCAUUGUAUAUCACUAAAUGUUGGAUUUUCUGUAUUUACGAAGUAAAAAAUAGAAUUGAG